UCUUUUUAGUUAACUACAAAUUUAGUUCAAAAUGGAGAUUGAGGCGGGUGAGAGAGCCCCAUUAUCGGGGUGCAGUAAAGUAACCACAUUUAUUGCCAACCACUGGAAAGGUUUAGUCGUAUUUCUAGUGCCUCUAUUAUGUUUACCUGUGAUGUUAAUGAAUAAUACUCCUGAAUAUCGUUGUAUGUACCUGCUUAUUGUUAUGGCUAUAUUUUGGGUAACUGAAGCCUUGCCCCUCUAUGUCACCUCAAUGAUUCCAAUUGUAGCGUUUCCUGUAAUGGGUAUAAUGAGUUCCGAUCAAACGUGUAGAUUAUAUUUCAAAGAUACACUUGUAAUGUUUAUGGGUGGCAUUAUGGUCGCCUUAGCUAUUGAAUAUUGUAAUUUACAUAAACGUUUAGCUUUGCGCGUUAUACAAAUUGUUGGCUGCAGUCCUAGAAGAUUACACUUUGGUUUAAUUUUCGUUACCAUGUUCUUGUCCAUGUGGAUUUCGAAUGCUGCCUGUACCGCUAUGAUGUGUCCCAUUAUUCAGGCCGUUUUGGAGGAAUUACAACAGCAAGGUCUUUGCAAAAUGAAUCGUGAACCACAAUAUCAAAUUGUGGGCAACAAUAAGAAGAAUGGUGAAGAAGAACCACCAUAUCCUUCCAAAGUUACCUUAUGCUAUUUCUUGGGUGUUGCCUAUGCCUCCUCCAUGGGUGGUUGCGGUACUGUUAUUGGCACUGCCACCAACUUAACCUUCAAGGGUAUCUAUGAAAGUCGUUUCCCCACCUCUACCGAAACUUUGGAUUUCCCCACUUUUAUGUUCUAUUCCGUGCCCUCUAUGUUGAUUUAUACUGGUUUAAUGUUCUUGUGGCUGCAGUACCACUAUAUGGGCUUAUUCCGUCCCAAGAGCAAAGAAGCUGAGGAGGUUAAAUUGGGUAAUCAG